AUGGUGCUCUCGUUGGUCAUCGACGACACCUCGCUCCUGCUCGUGCUCCUGCUCGUAGCUGCACUCGCUGCUUCCAUCUACAUCUCCCGUUCCUACCAGCCUCUCAUCCACCCGCUUAUCCUCACCCGCCAGGCUGACGUCUCCCAGACCCGUCAGCCUGGCGAGUCGGCCAUCUACCGCAACGCCAACUCACCUGCCGGCUUCGAUCUCGCCUUGACACCGCGCAAAGAGGUCAACGAUGUCGCCGACCUCAUCAAGCACGGCGCAAACGGCUCCGAGCGCACCCACAACAGAUCCGUCUACGCCCAGACAAAGUCGAACCAAGACGUGGCUGACGAUGCCACGGCCUUUGCGACCGGCUUCAUCAAGCUCUCGUCUGCUCCUCUACCGCAAACUGUCUUUGCCGUGGUAUCCGAGUCUGACUCUUACGAGAGCCUCGUCGCUCUACUAGCCAACUCGCACACUUCGGUCAGCUCGCGCUUCCACACGCUAGUGCUCUCGCCAGAACAUCUUCAGAACAAAGCGGCCACCGAUUUGCCGAGCGCGGUCACCCACGGUGGAGCUCGCUCGGUCAUUGGUGUCUACACCACCGCCAAGAGCAUCGACGUCGUCCUAUCUCUCACCAUCCUCGACCCUUCUUCGCUCAUCAUCGUCCCCUCAUCCGAUCUUGAUCAAGUCAAGAAGCACGCAGACGCCCACUUUGGCGGCACGCAUCGUCUCCGCAUCUACGCCUACGAUGCCGUCGUCGAGGCAGGCAGCAGCGGCUCGCUUCUCAGCGCGGAGGACACCAACCGCGACACGAUCCAUCACAUCCAAUCGUAUUACUGGCAGGCUAGCACGUCGCAGUGGAUUGCUGUUCAGCAUGCAAACCUCGUUGCUGGCGUCACCACUCAGCUUGCCAGCUUCCCCGCCGACAAGAUUCCGACCACAGCAGACCACCUCUUUGUCGAGAGCUCUGCAGCCGCCGACACACCUGCUUCCACGCUCAUGGCCACGCGCACACCGUUUGGAUUCGCCCUCGCCUUGACGGCGCUGUAUACUGGUGCCUCGAUCACCGCCGACCUCUUGACUUCGAACUACGAAGAUCCCACGCCAGCCGUCUCGACCGCCUUUGCGCAAGCCAAACCCACCCUCGUCUAUGCCUCUGCAGAAGGUGCAUCUUCGCUCGCCUGCGCACUUGCCACCAUCACCCGCCGAUCUCCGCUUGUCAAGUGGGCUACCAAGAACAAGCUUUUCUCCCUUCGCAACGGCACGUUCUCGCGCAACGGUCUUGCGGAUCGCUUCGUGUUCAAUCAAGCUCGCCAGCUCACCGGUACCAGUGGCGUCCGAAACCUUACCAUCCUCGGGCGAGGCGACACAGUACCGCAAGCCCUACUUGACUCGCUGCGCUCGCAUCUCGGUUGCGCUGUGCUCAACACCUACCUUCCUGAUCUCAAAGCCGCCGCGGUCACUGCAGCUGUGAGUGCUACGCACGCCUUCGACCUGCAGGCGUUUGCAAACCACGAGACCGGGGGCAUGCAAGUGCCUGCCCAUGUCGGCCCGCCCUCGGUGUCUGUCGAGGUCAAGCUCGUUCAGUCCGAGACCGCCACGCAUGCAGGUUUCACCAUUGCUGGCGACAGGCAACCUGGCCACGCCGGCGACCCCAUGGGUGAGAUCCAAGUACGCGGGAGCAUUGUCGCUGGCAAGACCAACUCGCAAGAGGACUGGUCGGCCACAGGCGAUCUCGGUGCCUUCCGCUCCAACGGCACGCUCGUCGUGCUGCGCGAUGCGGACGAGGCUGAUGUAGCCGCAGUGCCCACGUUGAGCGCUCGCAAGCCCGUCGUACGGCAGCGUCGCAACCGCAGCCUCGCUACUAGCACAGCGAAGACUGUCCUAACUACAGCGCUACUCAUGGCUGCCACCGUUGCGCCAACAGCAUCCGCCAGCGCCUUGUCGAAGCGUGGUAACUCAAUCAACAGUACCAUGAGCAACAUGGCCAAGAUGGGCAUGCUCGGCUGCCAACGCUCUUCGUGGGAGCAGGGUGUGUCGCAGGCAGCGCUGCUCGAACUCGACUUCCCAGGCUGGUCCGUCUUUUCGUCUUCGAGUGGAGGCCCGCCGUUCAAGCCGGGCGAGGAGCGCGCCGCCUCAGGUCCACCCAACGAGGUGGUCACCAUGGCAUACGCCUCCGCAUCCCGUCAGGACAGCCUCGGUCGACUCGCUUUCCGCAUCACGGGCGACGAGCAGAUCGGCUCGGGAAGCUCGCUCGACGGGGCCUCGCCGGGAACCGAGGUGUUGCUGGCUGCCUGGCUCGACGGCGAAAUUAACCGCAAGACGGGCGUAAUGGGUCAAGGUUUCUACAGCAGUGCUGCUCGCAGCACGCUCGAUAUGGUCAUGCGCCGUACGCCCAAGGCGCGCUCGGGUGCGAUUAGCCAUCGCUACACCAGCGUGGCGCUAUGGAGCGAUGCCAUAUACAUGAUGCCGCCGUUCCUCUCGUACUACGGCUUGAUCACGCGCAACAACACGUUGCUCCAGACAGCGUAUGACCAGAUCCGGCUGUACCGCGAUGCGAUGCGGCUGACUACGGGCGUGUCGAAGAACCUGUGGGGACACAUUCUGUUGCCUAAUAAUUCGACGUGGACCGAUGGCGGUGCGUGGGUAACGGGCAACGGCUGGGUGCUUGCCGGCAUGGCUAGGACGCUAGCGACCAUUGAGCAGAGCCAGGCGUCGCAGCAGAUGACGCAGCAGAAGGAGGACCUCGUCGAAUGGAUGCAGGAGAUCCUCGAUGCCGCGUGGCCGCUGCUCGACGAGCGUGCGUUGCUCUUCCACAACUACAUGAACGACACGUCGACUUUCUACGACACAGCAGGAACAGCGCUCAUCGCGUAUGCGACGUACAGGCUGGCAAGCAUGUCGCCGGCCAACAACAAGUGGGUCUCGCAGGCCGAUGCCGUCUACGCCUCGCUCGCCACGUCGCUCAACCAGAUCGGCCAGUUCCGGGACGGAUAUCCCGUCGUCGAUGUGCUGUCGUUUGUGAGUCAGGGAGAGACGUCGGCCGAGUCGCUCGCGUUCCUGAUGCUCAUGAAUGCGGCCAAGCGCGACUACCAGAACCGCGACGUUGUGCGCAUCACCGCGCCGGGCAUUGCUACGAGUGCCGCUGCGUCGUCGGUGCGAUCGAGUGCGCCGGCGUUGGUGCUGAUUGCUGUUGCUACCGCGACAGUCCUGUUGAUGAUCUAA